GUCCUCCCUACUCUUGGAACCGGCCUCUUCAUCGGCGCCGGCCAGGCCUUGGCCGCCGGUGGCCCAGCAGCACUCGUUGGCUCAUACGUCCUGAUUGCCAUUCUGAUGUAUUGCUUGACGACCGCCGUGGCUGAAGUGGCAGCUCACCACCCUCGUCCGCAUGGUACUCUAGUCACUCACGGGUACCAAUACAGUUCGGGCCAUCUUGGGUUCUCCCUUGCUUAUCUACGGUGGUAUACUUUGGCAAUCAUGGUCCCUUUCGAAGUCACCACCGCGAUGGUCAGUCUUGGCCAGUGGGAUCCAGCGCCCUCGGUGGCGAUCAGAAUCACCGCAGUCACCAUCGCGAUCUUCCUGUUCAACAUGCUCCCGGAGCGAGAAUUCAUGAGAACCGAGGUCAUCUUCACCGGCUUAAAACUUUUCACUACUGUAGGUUUUAUGAUCGCCUCCCUCUAUCUGGCUAUUCGGGGUUUCCCUGGCACGUCGAUCCGAGGCUUCAGGUACUGGCAUGAUCCUGGCGCCUUCGAUGAGUACCUAGUCUCCGGCCCUGGAGGUCGCGCUCUCGGCUUCCUUCAGUGUCUUCUCUAUACUGUGAUUGCCUUUUCAUUUGUCCCCGAGCUGGUUGUGCAGCGGGCCGAGCAUAGAGUAUCAGAAUCUCAUCCAAGCAUCCUGCGGUCUGCACGAGUUUCAAGUCUCCAGGUCUUCAUGCUCUACAUUCUAAGCGCCUUCAUGAUGACCUUCAUGAGUCCUUUCGACGAGUCCCUGUUGACAAACGAUGGCCUUGGCGCUGGAGCUUCACCCUACGUCGUGGGCAUUGACCGGGCUGGCAUCCGCGCGCUGUCAAUACUUGCCAGGGCGUUGAUCUGCAUUUCAUGCGUUGCUUCUGGACGCUCGUUUCUCCAUCAAUCGUCUCGUACACUCUAUGCUUUAGCCGAGACUGGCCAUGCACCUUCAUUGUUCACGGCCCGUAACCGACUGAGCGUGCCAUAUGUGGCCGUCAUUGCCUCUACUCUGUUCGCAAUACUUGGGUAUCUGUCUGUGUCGGUGUCCAGCUCUUCUGUGCACAAUUCACUGAUGUACUUCAUCACGACGUCGGGCUCCAUCUCAUGGCUGGGUGCUUGUCUUGUCUACCUUCGAUUCCGACGACAGACUGCCGAAGAAGGCAUCCUGCAGGUGUACCAGUCCAGCAUCCAACCUUUUGGGGUGUACGUGAGCAUGGUGGGCUGCGCUGUGCUGCCUCUUGCCAACUGUCUCCUGAUGGCCUUCCCGUCGCCACCCGCAGACGAAGCCCCUGCUCUCUCUGGACUGAAGGUCCGCAACGCAGUUCCGGUGUACAGCAGCAUUGGCAUCUUUUGGAUGCUUUACCUGAGUCACCGAUUUCGAACCUCCUUGACACAGGGAUUCACAUCGUUUCGCGUUGUACCCGACGAACAGGUGCAGAACAAAGCCGACGCUGGCUCUCCUAGAGCAUCCGGACAACGUGUCUGGUGGGAGAUGGCACGGCCAAGAAAGGAUUCAUCCUCUCACCCUGCUGAGGUCGGAUCUUCAAUGGGGCCAUGAGGGCAUCAGUGAGGAAUAUUGAGUGACGCGGUCAUGGCGAUCAAUUUGGCAUCCCGUUUUGUACCUUGUGCUAUCCUUCUCUUGUUGUUUGUGGCAUCGCGCUUCGUUGCUUCGAAUCCUAUCCUUAGGGGUUUGGGAGGUGACUAGACCUGUCUGUCUGGUUGCUGCUGGUUCGAGAUAUACCUAUGAUCGUGUAUGAUAU